CUUGGCUGUGUUUCUGUCGACGUGGGAAACAGGACCGGAUAAUAAACACACACACACACACACACACUCACUCACUCACACACACUAUGUAAAAGAAGUACACACGGACACACACCGUGACAUGUGAAGUACAUGCGCGCGCCAACAUGUGGCUCAAACCCGAGGAGGUUCUCCUUAAAAACGCGCUGAAGUUAUGGGUGACGGAGAGGGACAACGAGUACUUCAUCCUGCAGCGGAGGAGAGGACACGGGGACAGCAGCGCGGGACUGACAGGUCUCCUGGUUGGGACACUGGACACGGUGUUCGACUCCACAGCAAAAGUGGCUCCAUAUCGCAUUUUACACCAAACACCUGAUUCACAGGUCUACUGGAACAUCGCCUGCGGUGCAUCUCUAGAUGAGAUCUCUCAGCACUGGGAGUGGCUGCAGCUCAACAUCAUGCGAACUCUCUCUGUGUUCGACUCGGGUGAUGACAUCACCAGCUUUGUUCAGGGCAAGAUUAGAGGGUUAAUCGUAGAGGAGGAUAAGGUGUGUGCGGAGGACCCUGAGCGGUUCCGUGAGGCGGCUCUACGGUUCGAGCGAUUGUUCGGUUUGCCUAAACAGGAGAAACUCGUGACCUACUUCUCCUGCAGCUACUGGAGGGGCCGCGUCCCAAAUCAGGGCUGGAUCUACCUCAGCACUAACUUCCUCUGCUUCUACUCCUACUUACUGGGCAAUGAGGUGAAGCUGGUGUUCUCCUGGUGUGAGGUGAGCAGGUUGGAGCGGUCCUCGAGUGUGUUGUUAACAGAGUGUAUCCGUGUAUGUGUGAAAGACGAGGAUUACUUCUUCUCCAUGUUCCUGCGGCUGCAGCACACGUACGAGCUCAUGCAGCAACUUGCCGACUACGCCGUCGCCCGCAUGUUCGACAAGGAGAAGUACGAUGUGCAACACCCGCUCAGAGACCCGCUGCACAUCACUCAGAGGUCUCUCGAGACGCACAUGAGGAAUCAGGCGUUCCGCUCAUUCUUUCGUCUUCCACUCGACGAAAAUUUGUGCGAAGUGCACGAGUGUUUUCUCUGGCAACCAUUUAGCCACACACACACCCUCGGGAAGAUCUGUGUGUCCGAGAGAUACGCGUGCUUCUCCAGCCAGGAUGGAAACCAGUGCACCGUCAUCAUCCCGCUGUGUGAGGUGGUAAGUGUGGAGAUCCCGGACCGCAGCACUCGCGCACUGAGUGUUUGUGUACGCGGUAAACGUGCUUUCCGUUUCUCAGAGGUUCGUGAUUUGGACCGUUUAGCCGCCACAAUACGCAAGUGUGUGACAUCAUCGAGUCCUCAGCACUCCCGCAGUGGUCAGCUCGCUCUGUGUGAUGAUGAGGAGGAGAUGAUGGUGGGUCAGGUUCCGGUUCCGGUUCCGGUUGCGGUCAGCACUGAGGCUCUGAUGAACGUGUUCCAUCCACACGAUGCUGAAAAUCUCGACCCAAAAAUGCUGAAGGAGCGUAUGAAGGAGCAGUCAUGGCAGAUCCACUUUGCGGAGUACGGCCAAGGAAGCGCCAUGUUCCGUACCAGGAAAACCCGAGAGCUCGUCGCCCGCGGCCUUCCAGAAAACCUGCGCGGAGAACUUUGGAUGCUUUUCUCAGGAGCAGUGAACGAAAUGAGCACACACCCCGGGUAUUACGCGUCUCUGGUGGAUGAGAGUGUGUGUGUUAGCAGUUCGAUAGCGUGUGAUGAGAUUGAACGUGACCUGCACCGCUCGCUUCCUGAGCACCCGGCGUUCCAGAGCGACCGCGGCAUCUCCGCACUGCGCCGCGUGCUAACGGCCUACGCCAAACACAACCCCACAAUCGGCUACUGUCAGGCGAUGAACAUCCUGGCCUCUGUAUUGUUGCUGUAUGCAAGUGAAGAGGAGGCGUUUUGGCUGCUAGUGUCUGUGUGUGAGAGGAUGCUGCCAGAUUACUUUAACCGCAGGAUUAUUGGUGCCUUGGUGGACCAGGCAGUGUUUGAGGAGAUGAUGCGUGAUCACCUGACCCAGCUGACAGAUCACAUGACCGAGCUGUCGUUCCUCUCGUCUCUGUCUCUCUCGUGGUUCCUGACGCUGUUCGUCAGCGUGUUGCCGAUCGAGAGCUCCGUCAGCGUGCUCGACUGUUUCUUCUACGAUGGAAUCCGCUUCAUCCUCCAGCUCGCUCUAACCAUCAUACACUGCAACAUGUCCCGCCUCCUCCGCUGCCAUGACGACGCCGAGGCAGUCACUGCCCUCAACAGGUUUUUUGACAGUGUGGUGAAUAAGGACAGUCCACUUCCAGCCACGGUACAGCAGGCCACAGCAGCGACCAAUCACAGCGCAGAUCAGGGUACCGUAGACAUCACUGACCUCAUCAGAGAGGCAUAUGAGAGGUUUGGUGACAUUCGGUGGGAGGAUGUGGAAAACAUGCGCAAACGCAACAAACUGUACGUCAUUCACACACUUGAAGAGACGACAAAACAAAAUGUUUUGCGGGUUGUUGCUCAGGAUGUGAAGUUUAGCAUCUCUCAGCUGGAGGAGCUGUACUUACUGUUUAAGCGGCAGCACUUCCUUAGCUGUUACUGGUCAGUGAACAGUCCGGCUCUGCAGAAUCACGACCCGAGUCUGCCGUAUCUCGACCAGUACCAACUGGACCUGGACCAGUUCAGCUUGCUUUUCACCCUGCUGUUACCAUGGAAACAGGCACUAAAACCCAUGCUGGUGCGCUCAGCCUUCCGGCUCGCAGACGACAACCAGGAUGGACUCAUCAACUUCAAAGAGUUCAUAUACUUGCUGGACAUUCUAUACAAUGGCUCAUUUACAGAGAAGCUGAAGUUUUUCUAUAAACUUCAUCUCCAACAAGCAGAUGCUCCUGUCUGUAAGGCUUUGAGGUCUCAUGCCUCUCCUGUCCCUGCUGAAGGUCUCUCUUUCUCUGCUCGUCUUUCUGAGCACACUAAUGAUGGCGUGAUACGGAAAAGUCCAGAAAGAGCUCGUGGGAAGGUAGAUCUGCACGAGUACCUGAAACAGUGGCAGGACGAGUUACAGAAGAAGGAGGAGAACAUCAAGGACCUGCCUCGAAUUAAACAGGCCGAGUUUGUUCUUCUGUCUAAGACUCUGUACAACAUUUUCCAUGGUGAUGAGGAGGAAGAGCUUCUGUAUCGUGCUGUUGCCCGGGUAACCAGCUUGUUAUUACGAAUGGAGGAGGCAGGGCGAAAGCUCCAGAUACCCCAGGCACCACAGGCCACACCUCCAACAUCACAAGAAAUUGGGAGCACUUCCCCCCAAACACCUGCGUCUCUGUCCACCGAUCCUUCCCCUUCUCCUGAUACAGGCUCCGCCUCCUCGGCUACUAGUAGCCCUACAGGGACAGGUAGCUCAGCCAAGACCACGCCUCCAGACACGCCCUCUCCUCAGGAUGGGGGCAGUGACUGGAGUUUCUCGUUCGAGCAGAUUCUUGCAUCAUUACUGAACGAACCGUGCGUUGUUACAUUUUUUGAGAGGACCACAGACACACAGACACUUAUUACACACGCACAUACACACCAGCCCACGUGUGUUCACUGAAUACACACACACGUACACACACAAAAGUAAUUAGGAAAGUAAAAUUGUUAGCUGUAACAAUCAGUUGCGAAUCUGAAUGCAUAAACAUUAAUGCUAUGGAAUAUGCAAAUUAAGCAUAGCUAAUAGAAUUUAAUUUUAUGUAUUUCCCGAUUAAGUGUAAGGUUUCACUCAGUGUGUCUUUUCGUGACUAUGUGUAAGAGAAGCAGAUAAUGCUUUGAGGUUUGUCCUGUGUGUUCUGCUUUUGCCUGUCUCAAAUGAACUUGUGUGUUCUACAGUGUUAUUGUGCUGCAGUAUGUGUGUAUAAAUAAGGAUGAUCAGUGAAUAUUAAUGGACAAGAAAUCUCCAAAGUUCUUCAAAAUUAUUAUAAUUAUUACAUAAAUGCUUCAGCAUUUUUACCAGAUAAUUAGUAAUUAUUGAUUAAUAAUCAUUUAUUUAUCAGAGAUAUUAAUUAAUUAUAAACAAUGUUAACAGAUCAAAGAGUAUUUAUCUUGUCUCAGGUUAUAUACAGUGUAUAUCUGUAUUACCUAAUAAUUAACAACCUUAUAUCAUUACCAUUGUUACAAACCGUGUGUGUGUGUGUGUGUGUGUGUGUGGGAGAGAGAGAGAGAGAGACUAAGCUCUAUUGAACACACAUAUACACACACACACACACACACACACUCACACACACACUAGCUAUCUUGCCAUAACAGUGAUUGUCAUUUUGUUGAAGAUGUAUGUAUGUAUGUAUGUAUGUAUGUAUGUAUGUAUGUAUGUAUGUAUGUAUGUAUAGAAUAUGUAAAUGAGCUAAUUUCCAAUCACAAAACAGAUAUCUGGAUAUAAUAUCAUGUGACACAUCAUCAGGGGUGGUCAGGGUUUAGAUUGUGUUUUUAUGAUCAUGUUGAAAGAAAUCAUAAUGUGGACCAUGACAGCAUUGCUUUGUGUUUCUCUUUUUCUUUUUUUCUGUGCAAACACAUAUUUGUGUGUGUGUGUGUGUGUGUGUGUGUGUGUGUUUGUUCUGGCUGUUUGUGCCUCUUACUUAAGCCACUUUCAUGGAUGUCACAUAUGAAUGUAUGUACCUGUGAAAUUAAGGAGAGAAAUAAACUCAUGAAUAAGGGCAAGUUUAAUAA